AUGCGUCACCUUCAUGAAAGUGGUGAACAUGUUUGGUUACUUGAGGAUUCUGGUUAUCCACAACGCCCUUGGCUUAUGACUCCAAUAUUAAAUGCUCCACAUGGGUCUCGAGAGGAAUUGUACACCACUCGUCAUGUACAAGCCAGGACAUGUAUUGAGCGCUGCUUCGGAUUACUUAAAACACGUUGGAGGUGUUUGCUUCGUGACAGGGUCCUUCAUUAUCAUCCCAACGUUGCCAGCAAAAUAACACUUGCAUGUUGUGUGCUACACAACAUCUCGCUUCAUGCACACUUGCCAGCUCCAAGUGAUAUCCCUGUUACUACUGUAGAUGAUAAUGAUGACUCCAGUACACAAACCACCCAAAGCACCACCACGGAGAAUUGA